GAUUCACUGUUAUUGCCCCAUAGUUCAGUGACCCUAGAACAGAGGGUGGCAGUGUAUAAGGCUCCCAUGGUUAUAAAACAGCACAUUCCAUAGCUCCUGAUCCGCAGUCUCCUUUCCUCUUUCCGCUACCCUUCCGCCGCCCCAGUCUUUUCACAACUCCAAAAAACACCGCCAAAAGAAGCCAGAGCUCUUUCGGACUCCAGUACAUAAACCCCCUCGCCGCCUUUUCAAUGGCGACAGAAUACAAACCCCGAAAACCGGCAUGGUCGCUGCGCCGCAAACUCCUCCUCAUCGCGCUUCCCCUCGUCCUCGUCAUCGGCCUCGCUCUAGGCCUAGGGUUAGGUCUAACCCUCGGUCGGGACCACAACGACGACGACAGCGACGGCGACAACAAUGGUCCAGAACCCCCGUCUACAACAUCACCGCCUCCCUCUCCGCCGCCAACGAACGGCACAGCCUGGAAGCCCGCCGUGAACUCAACCUGGCAAAUCGUGCUUCAGGGCGCCAUCAGCGUACCUCAGGACGCCAAAUCCGUGACGCCAGACGUCUCCAUCUUCGACAUCGAUUUAUUCGACACGUCCAAGGACACAAUCGACACGCUGCAUCGGCUGGGGAAGAAGGUGAUUUGCUAUUUCAGCGCGGGGACGUUCGAGCCACGACGGCCGGAUUCGGGGCAAUUCAAGGGUCAGGAUAUAGGCAAGGCGUUGCAGGAUUGGCCGGAUGAGAAGUGGUUGAGGUUGGGCAGCGAGGAUGUGAGGAGGAUUAUGAAAGGGAGGGUGGAGUUGGCGAGGGAGAAGGGGUGUGAUGGGAUUGAUCCUGAUAAUGUGGAUGGCUAUCAAAACGACAAUGGCCUGGACCUUACAAAGGACGACUCGAUAUCGUUUGUUUCCUACCUAUCCAACAUCAGCGCGCAACACAACCUAGCCAUGGGUCUCAAGAACGCUGGGGACAUCAUCCCCCAGGUCCUCGACAUGGUCGACUUCUCCGUCAACGAGCAAUGCGUCCAGUACGCCGAGUGCGGCACGUUCAAACCCUUCAUUGAUGCCGGGAAGCCCGUCUUCCACAUCGAAUACCCAGACAACGCAGGCACGGAGCUGGGAACAAACACUGUGCUGCACUACUGUGGGAACGACGGCGACGCGGAAGGAAGGGAGGGGUUCAGCACCGUCCUGAAAAAGAUGGAUUUGGAUGGUUGGGUCGAGUUUUGCGACCAGAAAGUGGCAGUGACUGCAACCUAAGGAUGCCACAUCAAAUCCACGUUGAAGAAGACGUCCAGACGUUCUUUUCGGCACUUGGGCGAGGAUACCACAAAAAGUUCCGUUCCCCAAACACUUUCUCUGCGGAUGCCCCGUUG